AUGUACACACUGGCAGCUGCAGAGCAGCUUCGAAGUCGACUCCUCCAAAAACAGCGCGACAUUGACAUCCUCAGUCAGAAGAUCGUCGCUGAAGCAGACAAGGAGGGCUGCGGUGUAAAGGAAGCUCAAUUACGCAAAAAUAUCCGAUAUGCUUGUCUUCAAACGUUGCAGAGUAUGGUAACAUCGACGGUUUCAUUGCCUACGGAACAGCAGUAUGAAAAGUUGGUGGAAACUCAUAAAAAGGAAGUUGCCAGGCAAAUAGAGGAGUCUCGCAACAUGCGCGCAGCCAAUGAUAAUAUCGGUGUUAGGGCGUGUUCGUCUUUGCCGUCUAUUGCACCGAAGGAAAGACCGACGCUGAAUGUGGUUCGGGAGCGUUUGCGAAAGCAAGCUGAGGAUGGAUGGACACCUCAACAGACCAAGUAA